AUGGUUUAUUAUACAAGAUUAUUUUUUCGAAUAAAAUGUAAAGCAAAUGAAAAUGAAAGAGUUUAUGUUGUUGGAAAUAUCUUAGAAUUAGGCCAAUGGGAUCCUUAUAAAGCAAUUGAAAUGGUACCUUUUGAUGAAGAUAAUAUUUAUAAUUUAUUUUAUACAAUAAAUCCUAUAUAUGUAAAAUUAAAAGAAGAAAUAGAAUACAAUUAUAUAAAAAUAAAUAAUAAAAAUGAAGUAAUAUGGUGUGAAGAGAAAAAUAAAGUUAUUAUUGCAACUGGUUAUGAUAUGUUUAUUGAAGAUGAUGAAGGAUUAUAUAGAUCACUACACAAUUCAUUUAAUACAAUUGAUCAUAAUAUAUUAAAGCAUGAAGAAAAUUUAGAGAAAAAGUUAAAAUUAAUUCAUGAUUUAGGAAGGAAGCAAAAAUUGGAUGAAUAUUCUCGAAUUUUUAUGUGUUUUUUUAAAUUACCAUUGCUUGUGAAAAUAGAAAAUGAAGAAGUGAUUUUAGAAAAGAAUAAGAAUUCUAUGUUAUCUAUAUUAUUUGAGCAAAAAAGUAAAAUAAGUGAAAAACUAUUUUUUAUUGGGUAUCCUGGUAUAUAUGUAGAAUGUGAUGAAUUAAAAAAAAAAAUAAUAGAAAGAUUGGAUAAAGAAAAUUGUAUUCCUAUAUUCUUACCUAAAAAGGAAACAAAAGAGUUCAUUAAAUAUUGUAAUGAAAAUUUAUUAUUUUUAUUUCAUAAUAUUUUUGAUAUUUACAAGCAAGAAUCAUUUGAUACUGAAGGAUGGCAAAAUUAUAAACUUAUAAAUAAAAUAUUUUAUGAUUCAAUGAUGAAAUAUGUAGAAACUUUUGAUUACGUUUGGAUAAAUAGUUAUCGAUUAUUAUUACUACCUAGCUAUUUAUCCAAAAAAAGUUAUAAAAUACCUACUGCAUUUUUUUUUCAUAUUCCAUUUCCUUCAUCGGAAAUUUAUCGGCUAUUACCACAAAGAGAAGAAAUUUUGAGAUCAUUAUUAUCUUGUGAUUUAAUUGGUUUUAAUACAUUCGAGUAUGCUAGGCAUUUUUUGGUUAUCUCAAAAAAAUUAUUAAAUUUAGAUUUUUAUUUCAAAUUGGGAGGGGUAUUAACAAUAACAUAUUGUAAUAGAGACAUAGUUGUUAAAAUAUUGCAUGAGCAAAUUGAGCCAUCUAUUAUAACUAACAUUUUAAAUAAUUCAAAUAAUGUAGACAAAAAUAUAAAAUUACUUAAACAUAUUACUGAUAAGAAAUAUACAUUUGGUUGUUAUGAAAGAGGUAAUAUAUUUAAUGGCCUACUUUUUAAGAUUAAGGCUUUCAAUUAUUUUCUAGAAAAUUACGAAUAUGCUAGAGGAAAUGUUAUUUUAGUUCAAUAUAUUUCAGCUAACUCCUUAAGAUCACUUAAAACUGAUGUCAUUUUUAAGGAAAUACAAAGCUUAGUCGAUGAAAUAAAUAAAAAGUAUCAUACUUAUUUAAAGAAUAAGAAAACAAAUUUUAAUUGCAAAACCAGCUUUGCAAAUGAAAAUGAUGAUGAAAUAGACAUAAACAAUAUUAGCAGUUAUAGUAUUUCUAAUAAUAUUAAUAGUAUUAAUGAUGACGCUGUUAUUAGUAAUAAUAAAGGUGAUGAUAUCAUUAAUAAUAAUUCUAAGGAGAAUUUUCUAUCUAUUGAAAAUAACUUUACUUUAUUAGAAGGUGUAAAACGUAUCAAUGAAGAUACAAAUUUUUAUUUUUGCGAGCAAAAUGUCCCCAAAAAAUUAAAUAAUGAAAAUAAUAUCACUUUAAAAAAUUGCAAUACAAACAGUAACAACGAUUUGAAAAAAAUAGAUGAAGAAAAAAUAUAUUUAAACAAACAGAAUUAUAAGAGAAAAGGAAUAAUUUCUAAUUGCAAAAAUAUAUAUCUUAAUAACAAAAAAAAAUAUCUUAGUUUAUAUAAAAUGUGUAAUUCAAAAGAUUCAAGUUACACACACAACUUUUUUGUUAACCAUCUAAAAUAUACUAUUAGUAAAAAAGGGAAAUGCAAAUGUAGUAAUGGCAACAACGAAAAUAAUGAAGAGGAAAAAUUAAAUAAAAAAUGUGAGUUAAAUGAUGAUGAAAAACAUAUUAUUUUGAAAAUAAGUGAAUUAAAUUUGGAAUCAAAAUAUUUUCUAUUUCAGUGUUUUGACUGUUUUUUAGAUACCUCUAUUAGAGACAAUUUUAAUUUAAAUCCUUUUGAAUAUAUUGUAUGUAAGCAAUAUAGUAACCAUGCAAAUUGUAAUAAUAUUAACAAAAAAAAGAAGAAUCUUAUUUUAUCUGAAAUGAGUAGUUGUAGUUCUAUUUUGUCAUCUCCGAUAAGAAUAAAUCCAUGGAAUAUAGAAAAGGUUGCAGAAGCAAUGGAUCAAGCAAUUAAUUUUAAUAAAAAUAAAAGAAAACAAUUUAAAAUUGAUGCUUUAUAUGUAGAAAAAUUAAGUACAACAAAAUGGUGUUUAGGUAUCUUAAAUGAAUUAAAAAAUUGUAGAAAAGAAGACAAUAAAGUAUAUAUUUCAUGGGGAUUUGGAAAUACACAAAGAUUAUUUGAAAUUGAUAGAAACUUUAAAUAUUUGGAUGCAAACAUGGUAAUACAUAAUUUUAAGAAAUCAAGAAAAAGACUGAUAUUAUUAGAUUGUGAAGGUACUUUAUUGCCGGAUUACAGAAAUGUUCAUCUGUUUGGAGAGGAGUUAAGUGCUAUAGGAAUACCACCAAGUGAAGAUAUAAUAAAAUGUCUUAAUCAACUUAUUGAAGAUAAAAAUACUACAGUUAUUAUCUUAUCAGGAAGAGAUAAAAAUAUUUUGGAUUCAUGGUUUAAAGAUGUUCCUAAAAUUAACUUAUGUGCAGAACUUGGAUUCUAUUAUAAAAAUAAUGAAAUUACAGGAGGAAAUUGGAGGCAAACAUCGAAGCAAAAUGAUUUUACUUGGAAAAUAAUUGUUUCAAAAUUAAUGAAAGAAUAUGCAAAAAGAACUCAAGGAGCAAUUAUAUGUAAUAAAGGAAGUUCCUUGGUUUUUCAGUACAGAAAUGCUGAUCCUCAUUUUGGUAGUAUGCAAGCUAAAGAGUUGCACACAUAUUUAAAAGAUUUUUUGAUUGGUUAUCCUGUAAGUAUUGUCAAUGGAAAAGGCUAUCUAGAGGUGAAAUUAAAUAAUAUAGAUAAAGGGAAGAUUGUUAUUCAUAUAUUAAGUCUGUAUGAGUAUCUUGGAUACACAUUUGACAGUAUUCUUUGCAUAGGAGACGAUAUAUCUGAUGAAGACAUGUUUAGAGCUUUAAAAUCAUGGAAAAAAAAUUUACAGGAAGGAGAAAAAAAUUCUGAACAAUCAGAAAAUAAUAAAAAUGUUCAGAGAAUGGAUACAUCCUUAUUUACAUGCACCGUUGGGAUGAAACCUUCAGAUGCACAGUAUUAUUUAAAUGAUACAGAAGAGGUUUAUGAUUUAUUGAAAAACUUAGCUAGUUUGUAG